AUGCUGGGUGUGAACAGGUUUAGGGGCAUUGUGGUGGGAGGGUUUCAGUCUCCUUCCUCUGUCGGUUCAGACUGGGCCUCCCUUCCUAGCCUUGCCCUGGCCCCUCCUCUGGGACAGUCCAGCUCACUGUGGCUGGUGCUCCAGGCCGCUGCUGCCCGGCUCCUCCCCUUGUCCCCUCUGGCCCUGACACCAGGCCUGGUGUCCCCACUCCGUUCAGGGCACCUGUGUCCCUGGCUGAUGAGGAGGGUGGGAGAGCGUACAGCUGUCGUAACUAGCUACAUUCCCACUGCCUGCAGAACAAGCUCAGAGGUGAAGCUGUCCUGCCUUUCUCACUGA